AUGCUACGUAAUAUCAUCGCUUUCUAUGAUUUAUCUCGUCAUGCCGUUGAAACAACAGCUCAGUCGAAAAAGAAAAUAACUUGGAAUGAUAUUCGAACUAAUUUAGGUGAUAUUCUUCAUCAAUUAAGUUGUAUGAAGUUUAAGGAUCCAACGAAGGAUACUGAAGAAAAGAUCAAACGUGAUUUUGAAGAGUUAAAUGAACGAAUGCAAGCAGCUUUUCGUGAUAUGGAAGAAAGAUAA